AUGGCAGCUGGUGCAUCAAGUAUCGUUAAUGGAUUGAAUCCAGUAAACGAUCCACUCGCUUUAUUUAUUAUUCAAUUAUUAUUAAUUGUAAUCAUAUCAAGAUUACUUGGAUAUAUCUUAUCAUAUAUUUAUCAACCACCUGUUAUUUCCGAAGUUAUUACAGGUAUUAUUUUAGGUCCAUCAGUUUUAGGUUGGUCCGAUGCAUUUGAAAAAAAUGUUUUCAGUCCUGGAUCAGUAGCCAUUCUCAAUGUCAUUGCCAAUGUUGGUUUGAUUUUGUUUAUGUUUAUGAUUGGUUUGGAAGUGGAUGCCAAGCUUUUGAAAAACAAUGUAAAGAUGUCUGUCAUCAUUUCAUUCUCCUCGAUUAUUUUGCCAUUUGCCAUGGGUAUUGGUCUUGCGGCUGUCCUCUGGAAUGUCUUGGUUGAGGAUACCACUAUUUCCUUUGCAUUGUUUGCUGUUUUUGUCGGUGUUGCCAUCUCUAUUACUGCUUUCCCAGUGCUCGCCCGUAUUCUCACUGAGCGUGGUCUCAUGAGUACCAAGGUCGGUUCAACCUCGUUGGCUGCUGCCUCUGUAGACGAUGUCAUUGCCUGGAUUCUCCUUGCCUUUGUCGUAUCGUUUGCCAAGAAUAUCGGUACUGGAAACGAUGGAGUUGCAUUCAAGUAUGCCGCUCUCUGGACAUUCUUAUUGUUGAUCGGUUUCCUUGUACUCAUGUUCACUGUUGUACGUAUUGGUCUCAAUUGGACCUACCAACGUUUAGUCCGUACCGAGGCUCACAAGCACAACUAUAUCGUAUUCUUAUUAAUGUUCAUGUUCAUCUCUGCCUUUUACACAGAGGUCAUUGGUGUCCAUGCUAUUUUCGGUGCUUUCGUAGUCGGUGUCAUGACUCCACGUACCAAUGGUCUUCAUUUGACCAUCGUCGAGCGUAUCCAAGAUAUUGUCACCAUUAUCUUGCUCCCAUUGUACUUUACCAACUCUGGUCUCAAGACUCAGUUGUCAUCGAUCAACUCUGGUGCUGCUGGAGGUUGCACAAUUUUGAUUAUCGUAGUUGCCUGUGUCGGAAAGAUUGGUGGUGCCACUCUUGCUGCCAGAUACUGUAAAAACUCAUGGCGUGAGUCAAUCACCGUUGGUUUCUUGAUGAACACCAAGGGUCUUGUCGAGUUGAUCGUACUCAACAUUGGUUUGGAAAUCAAAGUGUUGGACAGCCAAAUGUUUACCAUGUUUGUAGUGAUGGCUUUGGUCACCACCUUUAUGACCACUCCGUUUGUCCACUUGUUCUACAUUAACCACAUCGAGAAAAAGUCACGUCAACCAAUGAUUCCACGUGCCACCGGUAAAUUCGACAUCCUCUUGUAUCCAUCACAAAUUCUCUCGGCCAGUUCUUUGGUUAUGGUUGCCGGUUCAAUCAUUUCAGCCACCUCUGGUAACAAGAAGUACAAGGUUCGUUCCAUCUAUGCUGUCGAGGCAUCUGGUGAUCGUCCAUCUACCAUCUUUGGUAACAACGUGAACAACCUUCCACAAAACAAGCGUGAGCUCUAUGAAGUCAUCAAUCGAGAAUCGACAUUGGCCAGUUUGACCGUCAAGCCAUUGAUUAUCAACUCCACCGCCGAUAUCUCUAACGAUAUUUGUACAGUUGCCAGACGUCAAUGGCCAGAUUUGGUUUUGAUGAGUGUCGGAAACAACAAUGAACAUAUCUCUGGUGAUAAUGUUGGUGUUGACUCUUUGCUCUACGGUAGAACCAUUCAAAAGGUUCUCCAAAAUGUAAAGUCUGCCGUCGGUAUUGUCGUUGACAAGGGUAUCGAUAAGUUCAACAAGAGUCACACCAUCUUGGUCAUGUACACCGGUGAGGAUUACGAAAGCGAUGCAAUCACAUUGGUCAUGAAGAUGGCCAGAAGAAAGAACUACACCGUCCACGUUGUAACCAACAAGGUCGAUAAAGUACGUCAAUUGGUUUCAUCAAACGAUAAGUUGGAUGUCGGUAGAUUUGUAUUCAUCGAGAAUUCAAGCCCAUACCAAGAGGUAUUACAACGUUCAAGAAACGAAGACCACGAUUACUGGAUGGUUGUUGCCGGUCUUCCAAGAGAAGAGGUUACCAUUCCAGAGAAACUCAUGCAAACUUCCAUAUAUACUUUAUUCUUUGUGCAUCCAUCCAACACUUUAUUAGACUCCCACACCUCACUCCAAAAGAGUUCAUCAACUCUCCAUUUACCAGAUGCCAAUCAUUAUAACGAAACAAAAGAUACCAUCGAAUUAAAUUCAUAUGAACAUGGUGCUAUUUAA